UGAGGUGAGGGGAAGCCUCUCCCCCCCGUGCAACCUCAGCGCCCGGCGCUGGCUCGCCAGCUGUUUGUAGGCCUGGGUGAGAGGUGAGGGUCCGCGGAGGGUAGAGCAGCCUGCGGCCCCGUCCGCGCGCCCUCCCGCUUACCGCCGCAGCGUCCGCCGGCUCCCGCCGCCCCUGCCCUCCGUGCGGGACUGGCCGCGGGGCUGGCGACUCGGACGGCUGCCCGUGCUUCUGACUGACAAGCACUGUUGCCACAGCCCGCGCGCGCUGCCCGCCACGUCCGCGGUCUCGGUCGACGGCACUGCGCGGCGGUGACCUCUCCGCGCCCGGCGCGAUGACGGCACCCUACUCCCGGCUAGCCCGGCUUCCUCUGCGCCGCCGGCCGCGGCUCGUACCGUUCCCGCCGCCGCCGCCGCUGUUGCUGCUGCUGCUGCUGGCGGCCGCGGGGCCGGCGCGCGGCUGGGAGAGCGGAGACCUGGAGUUGUUUGACUUGGUGGAGGAGGUGCAGCUCAACUUCUACCAGUUCCUCGGGGUGCAGCAGGAUGCUUCAUCUACAGACAUUAGAAAAGCAUAUCGUAAGCUUUCACUAAUUUUGCAUCCAGACAAGAAUAAAGAUGAAAAUGCAGAAACUCAGUUUAGACAAUUGGUGGCCAUUUAUGAAGUUUUAAAGGAUGAUGAACGAAGGCAGAGGUAUGAUGAUAUUCUGGUCAAUGGACUUCCAGAUUGGCGACAGCCUGUAUUCUACUACAGGCGGGUGAGAAAAAUGAGCAAUGCUGAGCUGGCAUUACUUCUGUUCAUUAUUCUCACAGUGGGUCAUUAUGCUGUGGUUUGGUCAAUCUACCUGGAAAAACAGCUGGAUGAACUGCUUAGUAGAAAAAAGAGAGAAAAGAAAAAAAAGGCAAGCGGCAAGACUGUGGAUGUAUCAAAACUUGGUGCUUCAGAAAAAAAUGAAAGAUUACUGGUAAAACCACAAUGGCAUGAUUUGCUCCCCUGCAAGCUGGGAAUUUGGUUUUGCCUCACACUAAAAGCAUUGCCUCAUCUAAUCCAGGAUGCUAGGCAGUUUUAUGCUAAAUAUAAAGAAACAAGAUUGAAGGAAAAGGAAGAAGCAUUGACUAGAGCUGAAUUUGAAACACUUCAAAAGCAGAAGAAAGUUAAAGUGAAAAAACCAAAACCUGAAUUUCCUGUAUAUACACCUUUAGAAAGUGCAUAUAUUCAGUCUUAUGACCAUGGGACUUCUAUAGAAGAAAUUGAGGAGCAAAUGGAUGAUUGGCUGGAAAAUAGGAACAGAACACAGAAAAAACAGGGACCUGAAUGGACAGAAGAGGACCUCAGCCAGCUGACAAGAAGUAUGGUUAAGUUCCCAGGAGGGACCCCAGGUCGAUGGGAAAAGAUUGCCCACGAAUUGGGUCGAUCGGUGACAGAUGUGACAACCAAAGCCAAGCAACUGAAGGAUUCAGUUACCUGCUCCCCAGGAAUGGUCAGACUCUCGGAACUCAGAUCCACGGCUCAGAAUUCCAGGCCCACCAGGACCGCCGCGGCCUUGCCGGACGACAUCAUCACCCAGCGGGACGAGGCUGAGCACGCCGGCGAGGGAGAGGAGGAGGAGGAGGAGGAGGACGGCGAGGAGGCCGAGCCGGGGGCGGAGGCCGCAGAGGAGAGCCGGCCUCGGCGGCGGAGGCCAGCCCGGGCGCCCGAGCCGGAGGAGAAGGUCCGGGGAAAGAGGCAGAAGGACUUCGACCUGUCGGAACAGCAUGAGUCCAGCGACGAGGAGAGCCAGAGGAGAGAGAGAGCGCGAGCCGCGGAGGAGCCCUGGACUCAGAACCAGCAGAAGCUUCUGGAGUUGGCGUUACAGCAGUACCCAAAGGGAUCCUCUGACCGCUGGGACAAAAUAGCCAAGUGUGUCCCUUGCAAGAGUAAGGAAGACUGUAUUGCUAGAUACAAGCUGCUGGUUGAACUGGUCCAAAAGAAAAAACAAGCUAAAAGCUGAAUCCUCUGGAAGAUGAUGUUUACCUUUAUUUUCCAAAAGGAUUAUUUUAAAAAUCUUAUGCAGAAAUUUGCAUUUUGUACCUCAGUAUUUCUAUACGUCAUGUGCCUUAGUAAAAAAAAAAAUAAUUAAAAAUUUUAAAUAAAUGUUGUGCUACGUUGUUUAAACAAA